UUAGGUUCCAAAGUGAAGGUGCUGUUUCUUCUGUGCCUACUUGCUUGUUUUCCUGAGAUAUUCAGUGAGGAGAAGGGUGAGUGACAGACAGCAAUAGUAACAGAGCUUUCCGGAUGAGAUGCCGCUCUUCGCUGCUUCAUCAAGAAUUUUAACAAGAACAGAAAAGCUGUAGCAUGAACAUCAAUUUCAAAGCACAACCUGAGCCUCAGCUGACCCCAUAUGGGAAAACAACUUAUUUUGCUUGCAGACAUACCCCACAUCCUAAGACUGUAUGCCACAUGAAAGGAUUAAACGAUACACCUGUCUGUGUCGUUAAAGAUCGAGGCUACAAUGAAGGACAUUUCAUCAUACCAGGCCCUGAUCAUGGUCAGUUUUACAGAAAUGCUGGAACAGCUGCUGAUAAUUCUCUUCCCAGAACUACUUUGCCAAACCUGGUACAGAUCCAACGGAGGGAGGAUGUUACUGAUCAUGCAAGAGAUGAGAUAGUGGACCUCACAAAAAGAGCAGGGAACACCCCGCUUUUAAAGCGAAAGGAUGAUCCUUUGAGGAAGUAUCUUGGAGAUCGUCCACAUAGUAGAACUGCCCCGGACCACCGUCUUUCAUCUGGCCAGGCAAUGCGUUACAGACCAGAAAUCACAGAGAAUUUUAAUUAUACCCCAUCUUAUUUGGAGCAUGAAAUAAAAAUCCUUGAGAAGCUUCGUGAUAUUUUACAGACAGACUCCCUUGCAGAGAUCCAAGAAUGGCUGGGAAAGGCAACUCUUCAAGAGAAGGAAUUUGUGUCGAAUUUCAUACGUGCUGAUAUAACCAGCAGAGAGCUGCUAAAUUAUCAGCAAAAACCGCAGAAGGAAAAUGAAGCAGAGAGGCUGAAUUUGCAGAGUAUGCUGAAGAAUCAGCAAGCAGUUCAGCAAGGAACAGCAGAUGACACAAACCAAGUCAGGACUCCAAGCCAAAUUCCAGCAACCAAUAAAGGAUCAAAACAAGAUAAAGACAGAGGUCGUUUACUCUCCAGGACUGGAAAAAUCAGAAUCCCGACUUCGGAUCACCUGCCGUUAGAACAUUCCACCAGCAGAUCUACAGUCCACGGAAGUCAAGCCUAUUCUCCAGCAUCGUCACAAAACAGCACCCAGUUGCUAUAUAGCAAGUCACGCUCUAAGCGGUCGCAGAGGACUUCAAGAGAAUAUACUCAUGUUUAGCACCUAUGAAAAGCAAUGCACAAUUUAAGAAAAACCACCCCAAAACAUGUACUUUAAACAUCUAAUAAUCAGCCCAGACCUCUUGAGAUUUCACUGAAGCAACAAACCUGCUAUGUUCCACCUAGUUUGAUGGGAGCAUACAAAUUCUCAUCUGAAUCGUGAAUAGUACACUGAAAUAAAUAAAUUUUGUUGCUGC